CUGAACGCAGCAGAACCCCUUGGCGCACACGACUAUGACGUCACGCGCUGGGACUGGAGCCGUGACCUGCUAAGCUACACGUCCGCGUAAAGACAGAUGUUUCUCACACAAAGCGGCGAAUAAACGUUGUUUAUGAGACGUAACGCGUUAGAGGACGACCCUGUGGUGGUUUGUAGAAGGAUAGCUACAUGGCAGCAGCGACUCCAGGCGUUUAGCAGCUCGUGAUUCAUGUUGUAAGUGUACCUCAGCUAGCCUGGGAGCUAACUCCAGCUGCCUUUACAGGAAACAGAAAGUGAAACCACAUGAGGAGUGUGUGUCUGAAUAAACUCCACACAGCAGCUUGACUCUCUCCUCAUCAUGGACCCCUGAAGUCUUCAGGCUUCAGCGACUCAUCAGGUCGCUUGUGGGGUUUGUUUUUUGGAGAUCAGACUAUUUAACUUGUCUGACCUCCCGAGCAGAAGGAGCGAGCAGAUGGGGAACUUUUGCUGUCCCGCCGAGAGUCCCUGUGGAAAUGCGGAGGAAAGAAGUGGUUUGCUGAAGGAUGACGCGAAGGCCACGGUGCCCACGGGUGAAGCCAUUGUGGUGGGCACCUGUGGUCCUGAAAGGGAUGAGAACAUCAGAAAAAUGCCAGAUGAAGCCGGUAUAAAGGUGGAAGUGGUCGUGCAGGUGAAGCACAGUCCUGAGGUUGCAGAGACGGAGCCCAACAACACUCAGGAGAACGGAGCCUUGCAGAAGGAAGUCAUACAAACGGCAACGCCUUCGCCCAGCAAAGGGUCUGAACUCCAAGAGAACUCCGUCGCAGUGCAAGAUGAAGAUGUGAAGGACCGUCCUGCAGAGAGCGGACAAGCUGAACUCAUGCAAUGCACUUUGAACUCUCUGCUGGAGGAACACGCCACAGUCAAUUGGGAGGAUUUUACAGCAACAAAUGCGACAACAGAAGAAGAAAUUCCAACCUCGGAGCAGUUCAAAAUCCCUGACAGCAGCUCAAUAACAGCAGAGGUAGUUUGUGAAAACCUCACUGAGUUAAACACAACAAGAGAGCACAUUACAGAGGACAACACUCAUGAUGAAGAAGAAGAUGAAGCAGGAUCCAAAGUCAGUAUUGUAAACACUGUAGCUGAGCCACUAGGGGAGUUUUCUCCAAACAAUGAAGACACAUCUGAGCCACACCCUCCGCUCUCUGCAGCAGCUGAUCUGACGUCGUCCAUCUCUGCGGUCAGUCAGGAGAACGACUCAGAGUCUCCGAGCUGUGCUGUGACGGAGGAUGCAGAGAAUGGCGGUGCUUCAGUGUGCGAGGAGGAGGAGGAGGAGGAGGGCGGUCCUGAAGUCCUAAAAAGCCACGAUGUCUGUGAGUCUUCUCCUGGGUCAGAGCCCGCGGGACUCGACCACAGCGGCGAGGAACCAAACUCCACCAACGGCAUCAGGGAGCCAGAGACCACAACUCCGGCAGACGCCAGCGAGAGCUUAAAGUCUGAUCAGGAUGCAGAGCCAGAUGUUGAGCAAACAACUACGAGAUCAAAGGAGGUCACUUCCUUGGAGAACAUCAAACAGGAUAUUGUGGAGGAAGUGAUGGUGAAAGGGCAGGACAAAGAAGAAGAUGUUCCCAAAGUUGAAGACAAGGAAGAGGAGAUUAAGGAAGAGGCAAAGGCCGAAACUGAGAAAGAUGAUGAGAUUAAGGAAGAGGCAAAGGCCGAGAAUGAGAAGGAUGAUGAGAUUCAGGAGGAAACUGGAAAAGAGGAGCAGCUGGGAGUGAGCGUUUCCCCCGAUGUAAACGCUGGAGAGAUACCUGUCAGAAAAGAGGAAGACUCUGCUGAAGAGGGCAUGAGGAACAGUGAAGAAGACCUUUACAGAGGAGCAGAGGAGUUGUCAGCGUCACAAAACGAUAAACCAGAAACUACAGUUUUAAAGGUGGAGGACAGAUGUAGUUUGGGUCCGGCGGUGGAUGUUCUGACUUACAGUGAGAGAGAGUGGAAAGGAAACACUGCCAAGAGUGCUCUCAUUAGAAAGGGUUAUAAAGAGAUGUCCCAGAGGUUUGGCAGCGUGAGGAGGGUGAGGGGUGAUAACUACUGCGCCCUCAGAGCCACCCUGUUCCAGGUGCUCUCCCACAGCACCCAGCUGCCCGCCUGGCUGCAGGAGGAGGAGGACGUCAACAUGCUGUUGAAGCAACUGGAGGCCCAGGAAGGUCUGAUUAGUCAGUGGACAUUUCCUGGAGACUGCCUGCAGGGAGACGGGACCGGAGAUGCCACCCUGCAGCUAAAAGGCUACUUGGAGCUCCUCCAAAAUAAGUGGCGGGCGGCGGUGGACUGCUCCUCCGCCGCAGAGCGUCAGCAGCUGUGCGAGCGAGUGUUCCAGGGAGGAGAAGAGGAGCUGGGGCUGCUGGAGGCGCUCAAGCUGCUGAUGCUGAGCAGAGCGGCGGAGCUGCACAGUUGCAUGCUGGGCAGCGGAGACGUCCCGCUCUUCUGCUGGCUGCUGUUCGCUCGGGACUCGUCCGACUGCCCGCGCUCCUUCCUCUCCAACCACCUCAGCCACGUGGGCCUCAGCGCCGGGCUGGAGCAGGUGGAGAUGUUCCUGCUGGGCUACGCCUUGCAGUGCACCAUUCAAGUUUACAGACUGUACAAGGCCGACACAGAGGAGUUUGUCACCUACUACCCAGACGACCAUAAGGACGACUGGCCGUCUGUGUGCCUCGUCACGGAGGAUGACCGCCACUACAAUGUGCCAGUUGUAGAAGCUGCAGAAGAGCCACACGAGCAGCUCAACUCCAGCUGAUUGCCGCUGCAGAGAAAUCUCCUGCCAUACAAACAAAACACUCCUCAGGUCAAUGAAGGUGAAUUAAUUACGCCAAUUAAAAAGGAAGAGUUUGACAUGUUGGGACAUUUGUUUUCAUGCUGACAGUUUGAUGAGAAGAUCAAUACCAUUCAUGUCGGUAUAUUUAAAUAUGAAAGUACAGCCAGCAGCUGGUUAGCUUAGCUUAGCACAAAGACUGCAAACGGAGGGAAACGGCUAGCCUGGCUCUGUCUGAAUGGCUGUUUCCAGUCUUUUUGGUGAGCUAACCGGCUGCUUGCUGUAGCUUCAUAAUAAACAUACAGACAUUGGAGGAGUAUCGAUCUUCACGUCUAACUUACGGCAAGAGAGCAAAGAAGAGUUUUUCCCCAAAUUGUUGCUCUAUUCCUUUAAAAAAUGAAAAUGCUGAUUUGAGACCUUGUACAAGAUGUGGUUUACACACUUUUGUACACACUGUUCUGUAUACAGAGUUUUCUAUUUGGGUGCAUGUACAUAUAUGUGCAUCUGAUAUUUGCAGCAGCAUCUCAGUUAAGUCCAAAUUAGUUAGCAGGGUGUCACUUUCACUUUCAGGUCGGGGAAAAAAGCCCAAAUCUUCUGAGAAACUUUUCUUGUUUUACAUUUUUCUCUUCAAAAUCCUUAUCGACACAACGGAGCUGCCAACCGCGCCAAAACGAUUAGUGUUUACACUGGAAUUUGGUUUCUUUAAAUUGUGUAUUAAUUUAUUUUUUUUCAUCAUAUGAAAAGUUGCAUUUUAAAUCAAGUGAAAGAGUGAAUUAGUCAGUGAAGGUUCGAUGAUUUAUCAGGUUUAACAACCGCUCACACCCGAUCGGAGGACUUGGACGAUAAAUCACAGCCUCUGUGUCAGAGGUGUGAUUUAUGAAGGUCUGUGUGUAUGUUUGCAAUUGUGUGUGUGUGUACGUGUGUGUGUGUGUGUGUGUGUGUGUGUGUGUCAAACUAAAUGUGUAACAUGUUGCCUUUAACCAAGCUGUUCUGAGGGCAAAAAACGUGCCAAUCUUGCUGCAAAUACUGGCAACAGUUCCAACCACCAGCCACUGGAUUCAGUAGUAAAAGCUUGCUUGGUCCUCCAUGUUGCCUUAGAAAUAAUGCACAAUAAGAAUGAAUGUUGGUUAUUGGCGGAAAAAGAGGCCAUUUUCUCGCCCUAAUUCCAGAGCAGGCGAAGGUGAUCUGUUAACAGUAAAACAUUGAUUAUGCCAUUUGCAGGAAUGUUCUUUCUCUGUCAGAUUUUUGGAUGGCAUUUGGAUAAAAUGAAAGUACAAUUUUUGUAAUUUUUUUUUCUCUCUUUGAUUUGUAUCAGCUUGUUAUAGCUUUUAUUAAUUUCAUGAGAACUGUUAACAUGAAUUUGAACUGAAGUUUCAGAAGUAUGCUACAGAAAAUGACACAUUAAGUCUGUUUGGGGUCUCAUAGACUCCUGUCUGUAAAACAUGGUUGAAUACAAUGGCUUUUCCUAAACUCUCAAA